CCUACUCUUGCACAAAUCUGCUUUAUGUACCACCUGGACCUGUCUGUCUGACACUAAUGGUCGCUUGUUGUGACAGGGACGAGGCUGAGAUGGAAUAUUUGAAGAUCGCCCAAGACCUGGAGAUGUAUGGAGUAAACUAUUUUCCAAUCACACAAAAUAAAAAGGACACAGACUUGCUCCUGGGGGUGGAUGCCCUGGGCCUCCACAUCUACACCCCUGAUAACAGACUCUCCUCCAGGAAAUCUUUUGCGUGGAGCGGGAUUAGGAACAUUUCAUACAGCGAAAAAGAGUUUACCAUCAAGCCCUUGGACAAAAAGACCGAAGUUUUCAAGUUCUACUCCUCACAGCUGCGAGUGAACAAGCUGAUCUUGCAGUUGUGUAUCGGUAACCACGACCUGUUUAUGAGGAGGAGGAAAGUGGAUUCCAUCGAGGUGCAGCAGAUGAAAGCUCAGGCCAGAGAGGAGAAGGCCAGGAAGAAGAUGGAGCGUCAGAGGCUGGCCAGAGAGAAGCAGCUGAGAGAGGAGGCUGAGCGAGCGAAGGAGGACCUGGAGAGACGCCUCUACCAGCUGCAGGACGAGUCCAGGCUGGCGAAUGAGGCGCUGAUCCGAUCGGAGGAGACGGCUGAUCUCUUGGCGGAGAAGGCCCAGAUUGCAGAGGAGGAGGCUAAACUGCUGGCCCAGAAAGCAGCGGAGGCUGAGCAGGAGAGGCAGCGGCUGGAGGUGACGGCCCUGAAGACUAAAGAGGAGAAGCGGCUGAUGGAGCAAAAGAUGCGAGAGGCUGAGCUGAUUGCUGUCAAGUUAGUGGAGGAGUCGGAAAGGAGGUCCAAGGAAGCUGAUCAGCUGAAGCAGGACCUGAACGAGGCUCGAGAGGCCGAGCGCAGAGCCAAACAGCGGCUGCUGGAGAUCACCAAGCCCACUUACCCACUGAUUGCCUCUUACUCAGCUCAUCCGCCAGCUGAUGUUGGAGAUCUGAACCUGGAAACGGGAUCGUUCAAGUUUGAAUUUAAGGACUCGGAUAUGAAGCGGCUUUCCAUGGAGAUUGAGCGGGAACGCGUGGAGUACAUGGAAAAGAGCAAACGGCUGCAGGAACAGCUGAAGGAGCUGAAGACUGAGAUUGAGACCCUGAAGCUGGAGGAGCAGCACGGAGGUCUGCCAGGCCCAACCAGCACAGCUCUGCACUUCCCACCACUUGGCAACCUGAAUUUACAGAGUGUAGCUGCAAAAACACAAGUGGCCUUCCUGGAGGAGCUGUGAUGUGUAGUGCUGUGACGUGGGGUUGCCUGCAAGUCAAUGUCAUUCAUUCCUUUAGCGACUACCUUUCUCAGCGUCGUUCAGGCACAAGAGAGGAGCAGGCCCUGUGGGUGCCAGUGCUGUGACUGACUGGCUGGUGCUGUGUAAAUAUUCCCCAUUUGGACUUACAGCAGCUCCAUGGCAAUGCUUCCACAUUACAGUCACUGAGCAAACUCAACACUAAGUGGGAGAUUUAUCCCAGUAGAAAUUCGAAAUAAGACACUUUUUCGUGCUUUGUUGAUAAGUGUUUAUAAGGCGAUGUGAAGUUACUUCAAUCCCUGAAGGACAACGUCUCCGAGCUGCUCAUUGACAGUAUUAAACAGAGGCAUGCAGAGCCUGCUCAUCGCUGCUAAUAGCCGGGGCUGUCAGUGGUGCUGCUCCUCACCCCUGUGCUUUCACUGCUCUUCAUGCCACUGACGUUCAGCUCAUGCUGCGGCGCUAAUUGUUUUAACAUAACACAACUCGCCUCUACUGCCGUGUCCCUAAGACGUCAACUGACAGAGUUUAAUCAAGGUAAUAUUUUAUAUUUUAACCUUUAUUUGAAAGAUGGGAUGGAAUUCCCGGGUACCCAAACACCUCCCAGAGCUGCUGGGGUUGAUGUGCACGACUUGUGAUGCCUUAUAAACUAAACAACAUUUACCACAAAUUAGACCCUUUUAAGCUCUAUUAGUUGCAUUAGUAUUAAGUACUGAGUAUUAUAUCCAGUACAUAUCUUGUUUAUGUUGUCUAGUAAACUAGUUUUUAAGAUCCUGAUUUUGUUUAUAGUGUUCUAUCAAACAUAUCAACAAGGGAAUGCCCAAUAAACUGCUGCCUCAAGGCAGAUUAGGGUUCACACCCUUCCUAUCACCGAAGCCUUAUACUAUGAGAUUAUACAGUUCACAUGUGUGCCUAGUAACCAGGUUUAUUACACUGCCUGAGGGCAUAGUGCUGGCCAAGUACAUCUUAACUUGGAUAAGGAGUAGAGGCAGUAACUGAGCGUGGUAUACACUGACAUGAAACCAGUGACUCAGACUCACUACAUCACCGUGUUCUCUAUUGGAGGUUUCUCACAAAGGCUCUCGCAGUGUAAAUUGUUGUCAAAUUAUAAAACAUUUGUACUGCCAAUAAGAUGCAAUUCACAAAGAGCUGAGAUGCCUGGACACAAUACUGCCGGAAUGGUCAAAUACUUUCUAGUUUAGGGUAGAACUAAACUAAGUUCUCUCUCUGAGCUGUGAGGGCGGUUCUGUUAGUGUACAUUGUAAUGUAAAAUUCAUGGUUAUGACAGAAAGCACAGCCUGUUGUUCUAUCAUUUUUCUGACCUUUUAAGGAAGCAGUGAGAUCUCAGAGGCCGACUUUAACGUUAGCUCCUGGCUUGUGAAUUCCUGACUAUAGCCAGCUACACACCAGUGCAGUUCUGAUUGACUGAACAAUGUAAAAUGUUCUGUCAGUGCCAAACAACCAAAGGGUGUGUAUUAAACCAAACCUUUGUAAUAACUUAUAAAUAAACCUUUUAGAUAAAAUUACUAGUUAUUACUGACUUACAUUUCUUGGCCAGAUUAACUCUAUUUUGCUUUACUUUAUAAAAAAAUCCAUUAUUUAUUUUUGGUUAUCUACUGCCUAAUUAGUGCUUAUACUGUGCAGGUGCACCAAGGCAAUUGGGGUUCCUUGUUAUUUAUUUAACAACUUUCUUGGUUAGGGUGCACUAGUAGCUUUAUUCUUUAUUUCAUGUAGUGGGGAAUUGAUACGAAACUCCUUACACCUGUAUCAGGGAGUAAGCCUAUUUACUGUAAAUUCAUAAUGCAAUUUUGUAUUUCCAUUCUGUUCAAUAAAAUGUUUCUCAUCUUAACUCUGUUGCG